CUGCUGCGCUAGCAAACCCAUCGCUGCUGCUGCUGCUGCUCAGUUUCUUCUCAUGUUUUCACAGCAACAACUGGGCUUUUUUUCUUCCCAACUGGAAUACAAGAAGACACCAACCACACUCUGCUGUCAACGACGUUUUAAAGGAGCUUAAAAUUGUCGUGGGAAUACACCGAGAAGGGGCCAAACAAACAGCUCAAAGUAGGAGCUCAAUAAUGCCCCCCCUAGUCGGCGAGAAUAGCUCUUCCAGUUCCCCCAACAUCACAUCACAUCCAUGUUGACUGCGGCAGUCCAGAGGCUACAAACACCACGACCCUCUUUGUUCUUCUGUGGACAACAUCCGGCAGAAUUAUUGUAGCGGUUUGUGGAAACAAUGUUGCAACAACGUUCCAUCCUCUGUUGUAUCAUUCGGAGGGAUUGUUUACGCGUUAAAAAUGGCUGCUGAAAUGCAGGCAGCUGGAAGAAGAGAGAGGGGUCUUGAAUCAAUGCAGUAACGGUACCUAUCAGAGGCCAAAUAAGCUACAUAUGCUAACAAAUGAUGUAUUGGUUAGUAUUCAACGAGUUAGCUGUUUAAAUAGCUUUUUUUUAUGGGUGAUUUUCUUCCCAACAAGAGGUUAGGGUGAAAGGGAAUUCCUCCCACUCCUCCAAGUCUAUGCGUAAAACCUUUUUAAAAACACUCAGCUAACUGUACAUUUUGUUAAGCUAAUGUGAGUAUGCAUAACACUCUUCUCCGUUAAAGCAGACCCCUUAAAGGCCUUUAAAGGUCUUUUACUCGGCUUGUGCUUCGAUCUGGCACAAAAAAAAACAAAAAAAACAUGGAUCCUGGUCCUGGGGGGAGAUGUAAGGCUGAACUCUUUUUUCUUUUUGGACCCAAACAAGUAGUCUCCCACAGAGAUCUGAGGGGGGGCAUCAACAGAUAUUUGGUGGUGGUGUAUGUUUUGUUUUAUUUUGUACUCUUCACCCACGCCUCCCCGGCUAAACCGUGUGACAAGAAUUGCCUCUCUGGGAAAUGUAUCAACGGAUCCUGCAUCUGUGACCGAGGAUGGGCUGGAGACCAGUGCCAGCACUGCCACGGGAGGUUCAAGUUGACGGAGCCCUCAGGAUACCUCACCGACGGUCCAAUCAACUACAUGUACAAAACAAAGUGCACCUGGCUCAUCGAGGGCUAUCCAAAUGCGGUUCUUCGGUUAAGAUUCAACCACUUUGCCACAGAAUGUAGUUGGGACCAUAUGUACGUCUACGAUGGAGACUCGAUAUAUGCCCCGCUGGUUGCUGUUUUCAGCGGUCUCAUCGUGCCAGAGAUACGAGGAAAUGAGACGGUUCCUGAGGUCGAGACGACUUCAGGCUACGCACUACUACACUUUUUCAGCGAUGCUGCCUAUAACCUGACGGGAUUUGAAAUAUUUUACUCGAUCAACUCUUGUCCCAAUAACUGCUCCGGCCAUGGGAAGUGCACCCCCGGUAACUCGGCCGCCAGCAGAGUGUACUGUGAAUGUGACAAGUAUUGGAAAGGCGAGGCCUGCGACAUCCCUUACUGCAGGAACAACUGCGGCAGCCCCGACCACGGCUACUGCGACCUCACCGGGGAGAAGCUGUGUGUCUGCAAUGAUAGCUGGCAAGGCCCAGACUGCUCCCUUACUGUACCUUCAACCGAGUCCUUCUGGGUCCUACCGAGCGUCAAGCCCUUUGGCACAUCACUCGCCAGAGCUUCCCAGAAGGCCGUGGUGCAAGAAAAGGUCAUGUGGGUGGUGGGCGGAUACACCUUCAACUACAGCUCCUUCCAGAUGAUUCUCAACUACAACCUGGAGAGCGGCAUCUGGAACACAGUUCCCAUCAAUAGUGGCCCUGUGCCAAGAUAUGGCCACUCACUCGCUGCCUACCAGGAUGACAUCUACAUGUUUGGUGGGAAGCUGGAGGCGGGCUGGGCGAACGUGACAGACGAGCUGUGGGUGUUCAACGUACCCGGUCGGACGUGGCAGCGGAGAAACCCCGUGGUCGGACCUCCGGCUCAGGCUCAGAUUUACGCUGUGGAGGGUCACUCGGCCCACUGCGUCCCGCUAGACGAGGGCGAGGCCAUCAUGCUGGUCAUCUUUGGCUACUCCCCCAUCUACAGCUACAUCAGCAACGUUCAGGAGUACAACCUGAGGUCCAACACGUGGCUGGUGCCUGAAACCAAAGGUGCAGUUCCACAGGGAGGCUACGGCCACAGCAGCACGUAUGACAGCGCCAGUGGCAGCGUGUACGUUCACGGAGGCUAUAAGGCGCUGCCUGCCAACAAAUACGGCCUUGUUGAUGACCUCUACCGCUACGACGUUAACACCCGGACAUGGUUCAUUCUGAGAGAGAGCAGUUUUCCGCGGUACUUGCACUCGGCCGUGCUCCUCAGCGGCACCCUGCUCAUCUUUGGCGGCAACACACACAACGACACGUCGCUCAGCAACGGGGCCAAGUGUUUCUCCGCUGACUUCCUUGCCUACGACAUCGCGUGUGAUGAGUGGAGGCUCCUGCCUAAACCAGACCUGCACAGGGAUGUCAACCGCUUUGGUCACUCUGCUGUGGUCAGCAAUGGGUCCAUGUAUGUGUUCGGGGGCUUCUCCGGCGUGCUGCUCAACGACGUGCUUGUUUACCGACCCCCCAGCUGCCAGGCCUUCUUGGCAGAGGAAGGGUGUGUGAAGGCCGGGCCAGGGAUCCGCUGCAUCUGGAGCAGAGGCCGCUGUCUCCCCUGGGAACCCAGUAUGGCUAAUGGGAGCCUCAUUCCUGCCUCAUUCUGCCCCCCUAAACCAGUCACGGUGGACGAGCGGUGCUACCGGUUCUCAGACUGCGCCAGCUGUACAGCCAACACCAACGGGUGCCAGUGGUGUGAUGACAAGAAGUGCAUCUCUGCCUCCAGCAACUGCACCUCUAACGUGAAGAACUUCACUGAGUGUCCGGUGCGUAACGAGCAGGUGUGCAGCAAGCUCGCCAACUGCAAGAGCUGCUCGCUGAAUCUCAACUGUCAGUGGGACCAGAAUCAGUCCGUGUGCCACGCUGUGCCUGCCCAGCAGUGCAGUGAGGGAUGGAGCCAGGUGGGGGAGGCCUGCCUGAGGAUCAACUCCAGCCGCGAGAGUUAUGACAACGCCCAACACUACUGCAAGAACCUCAACGGAAACAUCGCCUCGCUCACCACCUCCAAACAAGUGGACUUUGUGCUUGAGGAGCUGAAGAAGCUCCAGCAACAAGACAAGAUCGAUUUAAAGAUGCAGAAUCACUCAAACAACAUCUCUCGCAGCCAUUACAAGCGUCUGUCUCCCUGGGUGGGCCUGAGGAAAAUCAAUGUGUCGUACUGGGGUUGGGAGGACAUGUCUCCUUUCACCAACAGCAGCCUGCGCUGGCUGCCCGGCGAGCCCAGUGACUCUGGUUUCUGUGCCUACCUGGAGGAGCCUCAGGUGUCCGGCCUCAGGGCCAAUCCAUGCACCGCCACUGCCCACGGCCUCAUCUGCGAGAAAGCUACCGGAAACCCCAAUCAGAGUACCCGUCCAUCCUGUAAGAAGCCGUGCUCGCUGCACACCAACUGCGCCAACUGUACCAGCCAGGCCAUGGAGUGCAUGUGGUGCGGGAGCGCGCAGCGCUGCGUCGAUUCCACCGCCUACGUCAUCUCUUUUCCUUAUGGCCAGUGUCUGGAGUGGCAGACUGGAGAUUGUGUGGCCCAGAACUGCACAGGCCUGCGGACAUGUUCUCAAUGCCUGGAGCAGCCUGAGUGCGGCUGGUGUGGAGAUCCCAGCAGUACUGGGAAGGGCCUGUGCACGGAGGGCUCUUACCGGGGGCCAAUGAAGAGACCGGCGAAGCAGCAGGGCCAGCAGGUCCAGUCCCAGGACAUGAUCCUGGAGCCGGGCAUCUGCCCCAAAGACAAAGGCUACGAGUGGGCCUUCAUUCACUGCCCCGCGUGCCAGUGCAACGGCCACAGCACGUGUGUGAACGGCAGCGUGUGCGAACAGUGCCGCAACCUCACCACCGGUCCCCACUGCCAGACCUGCAUGCCUGGUUACCAUGGAGACCCGACCAAUGGCGGCAAAUGCCAGGCCUGUAAGUGUAAUGGUCAUGCAAGUGUGUGCCAGGUGUUAACUGGCAAGUGCUUCUGCACCACCAAGGGGAUCAAAGGAGACCAGUGCCAGCUAUGUGACUCAGAAAACCGUUACCUUGGCAAUCCACUCAGAGGAACCUGUUACUACAAUCUCCUGAUCGACUACCAGUUCACCUUCAGUCUCAUCCAAGAAGAUGAUAAUCACUACACUGCCAUCAACUUUAUGGCCUCACCUGAGCAGGCCAACAAGAACUUGGACAUGUCCAUUAAUGCAUCCAACAACUUUAACCUCAACAUCACCUGGUCGGUGGGAUCAACAGCUGGAACCAUCUCUGGAGAGGAGGUGCCCAUCGUGUCCAAAACGAACAUCAAGGAGUACAGAGACAGUUUCUCCUGUGAGAAGUUCACAUUUAGAAGCAACCCCAAUAUCACCUUUUACGUCUACGUCAGUAACUUCUCAUGGCCAAUCAAGAUCCAGAUCGCCUUCUCCCAACACAACAGUAUCAUGGACCUUGUCCAGUUCUUUGUGACAUUUUUCAGUUGCUUUCUGUCACUCCUGCUGGUGGCUGCAGUGGUGUGGAAGAUCAAACAGACCUGCUGGGCUUCACGACGGAGAGAACAACUGAUGAGAGAGCGUCAGCAGAUGGCCAGUCGUCCGUUCGCCUCUGUCGCGGUUGCGCUGGAUUCCAGAGGAGAAGAAACGGAACUGUUGCAGCCUGUAGCUGAUGGAGCACCUAAACCCGUUGCGAUGGAGCCGUGUUCCGGAGGGAAAGCUGCUGUGUUGACUGUCCUCAUGCGUCUGCCCUCUGGGCUCUCAGACUUACCUCCACCAGGACAGUCAGGAAUCAUCGUUGCCAGUGCGCUGAUAGACAUUUCACAGCAGAAACCAGAUUUUAAAGACAAGUCCAUGGGUUUAAAGAGCCGAAAAGCCCUUCCUCCGGCACACCAAGGCACCUGCGUCUGAGUCUCUCAACCCGUCAAUCCAUUUGGGUCCCCUUUUUUUACACCAUCUGAGGUCAUAUUGUUCCAAUAAGGCCGCUGCUCCCAGCUGAAGGCCUUUUUCAGAGACAAGACAUGGCUACAUGUAGAAGAUGACAUUCGGCUGCUACCACUCAAGAGUCCACAAGAGCACAACACUGCUUUACCUUUUUCCUGCUCCCCUUCGCUCUAAUCUGCAUAAAUCAACUCUCUUGUCACAGGAAUUUUUUCUUUUAUCCAAUCUCUGGAGCAACUUUUCCUCCAAACCUACUGGGCCCAAAUCUCUUUCCUUUCAGCUUUGGCAGCAGUCAUCACGGCUUAAACUGCGCUAAGAGGAAACCUGCCUGAUCAUCAAGUGACAUCAGAGACAGAUGAAUCAGAGGGAUCUGCACCUAUUGACGCUUCGGUCGUGAAUAAUUUGUGACACGUCAUCGUCCAUUUGCUCAGCAUGAGAAGGUGUCUGUACAUUAGGUUAUAUCAGACUGAUUUUCCCUCACACUGUGUUGGGAAAAACGAGAUGAUUUAAAAAAAAAAAUGGCUGGUAGAUAUCCAGCAUGUGCUGCCUAUGAGGUUUCUUUUGUUCUUUUUGCUUGCCAACAAGUGGUAUUCUCUGGUGCUAAAGCAUUAAGUUCUUAUGCUAAAGCCUUUGCUGUAUGGACUGAAAUCAUUCUGCCUUUUAGCGCUACAGGCCAGGACUCUUUUUAACACCCCUGCGACCGCAUAGAUAGUGUUUUGACAACUAGAGUAUUUUGUCACACCACUUUGCCAACUACCAUUCAAAUGCUCUGUUUUAGCAUUUUUACUGUACAUACGUAUCCUCCACCCAGCUGAAGCUAAAGUCUGUAUUUUCUUUUGUGGAAUACAUGUACAAAAAAUGCUGCAGAGACUGCAAUCACUACCAGCGGCAUGUGGGUGAUGACUGCAAAACCGGAGGAGGCGUGAACAAAACCCAUCAAGUCAUCAAACUAAAAGCAUGGAAAAACUCCAAAAGAUGCAUUUUCAUUAGCAAACUGGAAGUUUCAUUUGUUACAAAAAAAAUCCAUCUUUUUCAGUGUGCAGAGAAACACUGAAGAUCUGGUUUGAUUCUUUUCUGUAGUUUUGUUAUUGUGUCAUUUUGCUGUGCAACUUGGACAUUAAGUUUUUGAACUUGGAUCGGUGUGGAUUCGGAGUAAGACGUCUGCUUGAUAAAGUUAGACCGGGGACAUCGUGCUCCUCUGACGGUUUACUAGUUUGUUUUGUAAGUUUUUUUAAAUGGCCCUCUGACGCUUUAUUUCCAUCUUUGAGUACAAGGAGUUGCGUUACCCUUUUUUAUAAUGCCUUGGCUUUCCAUGGACGGAGGGGGCAUGUUGAUCUGCAGAAUUUUAAAAAGCUGUCGACCAUUUUUAGCCCCGACCUACCCCCCACCCGCACUCUGAGCUGUACAGUGUCUUGUUGGAACAAAUGUGAGUCUUUGUCACUCUUAUCUCUUGAGAAUUUCAUGUGUUCGUCAGGUUUUUAUGACAGAACGGCAAGAGAUUAUCAUUUAUUUUAGGCCUUGUCACCCUGUUACUAUUAAUUAUAUCUAUGAUAAAUUGUAAGUCUUUUGCUACACUUGUGAAAAAAGAGCAUUUUCUGUUAAUAUUUUUUGUUUUGAUAUUUAACAGAUUCCUGUGUAAUAGCAUUUAACUUGAUUUUUAUCGUUGACUUAAGUCGGUUGUUUUUAAUGUCAGCUCCUUUUUGAAUCGUGCAUCUUUUUAAGGACUGUAUGGGCAUUGCCUUGCUUUUUCGUUUGCAAAGUGGUCGUUCCGAUGCAUUUCACGAGGAUAAGUAUGCCAGCUAAUGUGUUUUAUUUUGUGUUUUGUAGAGUAAUCCUAUAACAGUGUCAUUACACAGGAAUCGGGGUCUCACUGUACCGUGAAAAAAAGAUGAUAAACUGCAUAUCAGUAAUCUUCAGUGUAUUUUAAAGAUGGACAACAUGCCAGAAAAUAAAAAAAAAAAACAGACCUGAAAA